AGCCUUAAAAUAAAAACAAUUCUUAGUGUAUAAAUUGAUUCACAAGAGUUUUAACCUAAAUCUCGCGUGCUCUUAUUUCUCCGCAAACCCUAUUCGGCCGCCAUUGAAGCUCUGCUACGAAGCUCUAUUUGUUCACCUACGUAAAACGAGAUGAAGGUUGUUGCUGCAUACUUGCUCGCUGUUUUGGGAGGGAAGACGAGCCCCUCAGCUGCUGACUUGAAGGACAUUCUUGGAUCAGUUGGAGCCGAGGCUGACAGUGACAAGAUUGAGUUGCUAUUGUCCGAAGUCAAGGGAAAAGAUAUCACCGAGCUAAUUGCAUCUGGAAGGGAGAAGUUGGCAUCUGUUCCAUCUGGUGGCGGUGCAGUUGCUUAUUCCGCACCUGCAGCUGGCGGUGGUGGUGGGGCUGCUGCUCCUGCCGCUGCCGAGCAGAAGAAGGAGGAGAAGGUGGAAGAAAAGGAAGAAUCAGACGAUGAUAUGGGUUUCAGCCUUUUCGACUAAGGGACUUGCUUUUGGUGCGUUUCCUGUAUCAAGACUUGACAUCUUCAGUAUUACUUUCAGGCCAAUGCUGUGUUUUUAAGUUUCUAUUUCCAGAUCUCAAAAAUUUUGUUUCGAUCGAAGAAAUUUGCUUUAUAUAUUAUAUCCAUCUGUUUAGUCGACUUAAGAUCGCUUGCUUGUGGUUUAACGCGGGUCUGGUUCAUUCAAA